GCUACUAAUCAGAGUAAUAAAUAAGUGCAUAAGGCCUAGUGUUUUGAAAUAAAAGAAGGCGGCCCCAGUACAACAAAAGAAGAGCCAAAAAGAAAAAGGCACUUACAAAAGUAUAGUAAUCCAGUGUAUUAGCUUAGCUUAAAAUGAAUGAAUGAACUUGAUUGAAGACGCGGAUUAACCUUUCGCUUUCCACUUUUGUCUCUCGUCUCUCUCAAGUGUAAGGAGUUGUUGUUCAGGUUAAGAAAUGUCACCGCCAGCAAAGACUGAAGCUCCUCUCCUUGCACUUCUGCUUCUUACACUAACCUCGACAGCCACUUCCCACUACACCUCUUCGUCCCCACCCGCGCCUCAGUCCUCCCAGUGGCAUCCCGCACGCGCCACUUACUAUGCAGCAUCGGAUCCUCGGGACGCGGUGGGUGGCGCGUGUGGGUAUGGGGACCUGGUGAAGGCUGGCUACGGCAUGGCCACGGUGGGUUUGAGCGAGUCCCUGUUUGAGCGUGGGCAGAUCUGCGGCGCGUGCUUCGAGCUGAGGUGCGUGGAUGAUCUGCGCUGGUGCAUACCCGGGACCUCUAUCAUUGUGACAGCCACCAAUUUCUGUGCUCCCAAUUAUGGGUUUACAGCGGAGGGUGGAGGGCAUUGUAAUCCUCCCAACAAGCACUUUGUGCUUCCCAUCGAGGCUUUUGAGAAGAUCGCCAUUUGGAAGGCUGGCAACAUGCCCGUUCAGUAUCGAAGGAUCAAGUGCAGAAAAGAAGGAGGUGUUCGAUUUACAGUUGAUGGUUCAGGUAUCUUCGUUUCAGUGCUCAUCAGCAAUGUUGCUGGUGCUGGAGAUGUAGUUGCAGUUAAGAUUAAGGGUUCAAAAACUGGGUGGCUGCAAAUGGGUCGGAAUUGGGGACAAAAUUGGCAUAUUAAUUCUGAUCUAAAGAAUCAGCCUCUUUCGUUUGAGGUCACCACUAGUGAUGGGCUUACGCUUACAUCUUACAAUGUUGCUCCUAAGGAUUGGAACUUUGGGCAGACUUUUGAAGGAAAGCAAUUCCAAUCAUAAGAGAUGUCUUUAUAUAUACACAAGACUAUUCUUUUUUCUCCUCUUUCUUUCUUCCCUUCUGUAAUCUUUUGUUUCCUACUACUGAUUGAUUGGGUUGGAAAGUGUAAAAGUGGUGCUUUUUGAUUUAGGAGCAAGUAGUAAGCUGAUAUUCAAGUGAUGACAUUGUUGUGUGCAUA